CGCCAACAAUUCACCCAACACACAAACAAAAGAAGGGGGUGUUGUGGAGCGAUUGUUGUGUUGGCUGGUGGUUGGUUUCGGCAUCGCAGCGUCGCAGCGUCGCAGCAUCACACUGCAAGUGCCUUGAGUGUGGAAGGGUGAGGUUAGAGAGCAGGUUGGUGUACAGCAUUCGAGCAUAGGCAAGCCUCAGCUUUGUUGACGCACAACGCUUCCGCGUUUACACACACACACGCACACACAAACACGUGCGCAAAUGGUGGGGUUCACGCGUGGUGGUGGAGGUGGAGGUGGUGCGCGGCCCAACACAGCGCCAGAGCAAGUGGGCAAGGGUGAUGAGCCGACGCCUGGGGAGCGCGCCUUUGAGAAGUGGCUUUGCAAGAAGAGGGAGCAACGACGACUUGAACAACAACGAGCUAAGGAAGAAGCGAGCAAGAAUGCAGGCCCUACGUCAGAAGAGAGGCGGCAGAUGAACGCGCGAGCAUUUGACAAUUGGGCACGCAAGAAGAAGGAGGUGGAGGUGGAGAAGCGACAGCAGCUCCGUCGCACCAUGUCGGCUGCCGAUGCGAGCAAGCGCGACCCGGAGGCGAGCCAACGUGCGUACAUCAAGUGGAGAAAGCAAAAGGACGAAGCACGCAGGGACCGCCUACAGACACUGAAGGAGAUGGAGGAACAACUGCGGGAUGAGGACGAGGAGAAGAAGGCGACGGCAGCGCGCGAGUACGAGCGCUGGCUGCAGAUCAAGACGGAGGCAAUCACGGAGCAGCGACGAGAGGAAAGAUUGUCCACUCGACAGCAGGAGGACGCACAGCAGCGUGCGACCGAACAGAGGGCUGCGUUCCAGGCGUCACAGCUGCAAGAGUGGACGGCGAUGAAGGCGCUGCUCUCGUCUCAGCGGCGCCGACAGCAGCAAGCAGACCUCGAUGCAAUCGUUACACAUGCGGACCGCUUGCCGUCCCCAAGUGCCGUCAUUGACAUGAUGGUGGACGAGUGGCAUGCAAACAAAGUGAAGAGACAAGAGCAGCAGCAGCGGAAGAAGAGGCUGCAGUCGCCAUAGCAACAACACCGACGAAAGCAACAACAACAACACCAACCACAGCCACGAGCACAGCAACAACACCAACCACUUUGUGCUGCAAUUAUUUGCAUCAACUGCGGCUAUCUAUAUGUAUCAACUGCAUCCUCUCUCUUCCUCCUUGUGUUGCUUUGCCUGUCAGUUGCGUUUUUCUUGCUGGGCGUUCCUCCUCAUGUCAUCAACGGCCGCAGUCUUCUCCGUGCGUUCUGCUUCUUCCCUCACGACCUGUACACGUGGUUCAACUGCUUCAUGAACACCAAAAGCAACCACCUCAG